AUGCGAAUCCUCGCGCUGGCAAGCAUACUGCCCCGCGCUGAGAACAUAAAGAGCAGCGCUACACCCCUUCUUCACUUGUGCCUUUCAGGUGAACGGCAGCCACUGACCGGCAAAAAAGGGAAACUUGGGCAAAAGAUUCGAUCCCGUGUAUCAAUCCGUGACUCCGUGAAUCCAUGUUAUUUGGCUGCACUUAUGAUGAGAGUGGGUUUCCGGCUCAUUUGGUCUGCGUUUCUAACGGUGAUUGCCAGUUGUGUGGCCUACUUUUUCUACGACACCUAUAGUGUUUAUUCGAAUGCCCCGGAAAUAACAUUCCCCAGUGAAGCUGAUGUGAGCAACAAACUCACCAAUAUGGAGUUCUUAUCCACUCUUCCCUACCACGGAUGCGAGAGCCUCGUUUAUCAUGAUGGAGCACUGUACAUGGGUGCAGUUGAGGGAAAAAUUUUGAAGAUGGACGAUUCUGGACUUCAUGUUCUGGCGCAGUUUGGCGAUACUAAUUGUGCUUCGUCUCACACUUGUGGACGGCCUCUUGGGAUGCGCUUGUCGCUGGAUCAUAAGGAACUGAUUGUGGCGGAUACCCAUUUGGGCCUAUUUUCGGUCUCCUUAAUUGAUGGAACCCAUAAAAAACUGUUCCCUUUGGACGGUACUUUCAAGGUUACUUGUUUCAACGACUUCGAUAUCCUUCCAAACGGCACUGUGAUUUUGUCGGAAUCGAGCACUGAGUUUCCUAUGGACGAUAUUAUGAACAUCAUUUUCAGCGCACGACCCAGUGGACGCAUUCUGAGCAUUGACCUGGCAACUGGCGAAUGGCGUCAGCUGAUGGAUGGAUUGGCUUUUCCCAAUGGAGUUCAGUUACAUCGGGACGGCAAGUCCGUUUUGGUUGCUGACACCGUCACCAGCCGUAUACAUCGCGUCCCUCUGGAUGGCAGCACUCCGACUCUGUUUGGUGGAGAACUACCCGGAGUGCCCGACAACAUUCGAGCCAGUCCCAGGGGAGGAUAUUGGGUUCCGGUAGCCAAUUUGAAAGACACAUUCAUUUCACAUCUUACGCAACGUACACGUCAAGUGCCAGCGCUCAGAUGGAUUCCUCCAAUGCUGGUCAAGCUUCCUGUCUUUGAACGACUGCGACUGUCGAAGUCUGCCAUGAUCCUUCGUCUAAACGACGAUGGGGAGGUCAUUGAGGUAUUGCGCGAUCCCACAAACCGUGUGCGUAACGUAGCUGAAGUCUGCGAGCACGAUAAUGUAAUUUAUACCAGCACUUACUUUUUACCGCACAUCGGCCGUUUGCAUCUCUAAUGGCCCGAAACCCAGGUUUUUCAUGACAUGCUUUCAGAGACCCACGUGUCUCACAUCGUGUCCGUUUACCCGUAGCUCAGGUGUUUUUUAUACGAAAGUAUUGUGUGCUUACGAAGCUUGCAUCAAGAUCUGUACGAUUUGAAGCUUAUUAGUUUUUUAGUUAUUCUUAGAAUCCCAUACUUUUAUUGCAUCCAACAAUUAUGAUUCGCAGGGAUUUUUUUGUUGAAACCUGCCAUUGAACCGCUUCAAUUCUGUGAAACAGUGUCCCUUCUGUUCAUUUUUUUUAACACAUGUGUCUGAUUUUAUUAGAUAUAUCUUGAGCGUUCAAAUGAUACACUUAUCGACAGAGUAAAUAAUUAUGGGCGUCAAUGUAUGGG